AUAACUACUCACGCCACUGAUCAGCCGAUGCCAUGGAACUUUAUUGGAAAACAUAAUUUUUCUCAAGAAUAACCAAAAUAUAUACAAAAGACACGAACAGCUGAUCUUGAUUGAAUGGUAUGGCGAACAAUGAAAAAAAUAAGGUGAAGUUUGAGGUUGGUGAUGACGAAGAUAAAUCUGAGUCUGAGAGGAUGGAAACUAAGCAGCCUGAAAGUCGACUAGACAUUGAUGAAGAGAAAACUCCAAUCAACUCCCCAUUGGCACAUGACAAUCGCCAGCAGUCUCCAGCCAGAUUAAAGAUCUACAUAAACAAACAGCAUUCAAUGUCGGGAGCUACCAACUUGGACACCAAAGGGAAAAAGUUGAGUCUGUCACCUAAAGAUUGUGUGGUUGCAACACCAGAGGAAUUUGUCAAGAGAUUUGGAGGGAAUCAUGUUAUAAAUAAGGUAUUGAUAGCCAACAAUGGUAUAGCUGCUGUAAAGUGUAUGAGAUCCAUCAGGAGAUGGUCUUAUGAGAUGUUCCGUAACGAGAAGGCUGUCAGAUUUGUUGUCAUGGUUACACCAGAAGAUUUAAAAGCAAAUGCUGAAUACAUUAGGAUGGCAGACCAGUAUGCACAAGUACCAGGGGGAUCUAAUAAUAAUAACUAUGCUAAUGUGGACCUGAUUCUGGACAUUGCUAAACGAACACAAGUACAGGCUGUAUGGGCAGGAUGGGGACAUUCAUCAGAGAAUCCCAAACUACCAGAACUUCUACAUAAAAACAAUAUUAUAUUUAUUGGACCACCAGAGUAUGCCAUGUGGGCAUUAGGAGAUAAGAUAGCUUCAUCAAUAGUGGCCCAAACAGCCAAUGUACCAACACUGCCAUGGAGUGGUUCAGGUUUGACUGUAGACUGGAAUGAGAACAAAGGUCAGCGUGUAACAGUUCCAAAUGAUGUCUUUAAGAAAGCUUGUGUAAAAGAUGCUGAAGAAGGAUUAAAGGCUGCCAAGAAGAUAGGAUUCCCAGUAAUGAUCAAAGCCUCCGAGGGAGGAGGAGGGAAGGGAAUAAGGAAGGCUGAAAGUGAAGUGGAUUUCCAUAACUUAUUUAGACAGGUACAAACAGAAAUUCCAGGUUCUCCAAUCUUUAUCAUGAAGAUGGCAUUAUCAGCCAGACAUUUAGAAGUACAGAUUUUAGCAGAUAAUUAUGGGAAUGCUGUAUCCCUGUUUGGUCGUGACUGUUCUAUACAGAGAAGACACCAGAAGAUUAUAGAGGAGGCACCAACAGCUAUUGCUAGUCCUGACGUGUUUGAAAUGAUGGAAAAGGCAGCUGUCACUUUAGCUAAGAUGGUUGGUUAUGUCAGUGCUGGGACAGUAGAAUAUCUGUACAACUCUGAAGAUGACACUUUCCAUUUUCUGGAAUUAAAUCCCAGAUUACAAGUGGAACAUCCAUGUACAGAAAUGGUGGCCGAUAUCAACCUCCCUGCUGCUCAGUUACAGAUUGCUAUGGGUUUACCUCUAUACAGAUUGAAAGACAUCAGAAAUAUGUACAGCCUGGAUCCCUGGGAACCAACUAUAAUAGAUUUUGAGCAACCCACCUAUAAACCAAGCCCCAGGGGUCAUGUGAUAGCAGCAAGGAUAACCAGUGAAAACCCGGAUGAGGGAUUUAAACCAAGCUCUGGAACAGUACAAGAACUGAAUUUUAGAAGCAGUAAAAAUGUCUGGGGAUAUUUCAGUGUCGUAGCAUCAGGAGGGCUCCAUGAGUUUGCUGACUCACAAUUUGGACAUUGUUUCUCUUGGGGAGAGGACAGAGAAGACGCUAGAGAAAAUUUGGUUGUAGCAUUGAAGGAACUGUCCAUCAGAGGUGAUUUCAGGACAACAGUAGAAUAUUUGAUCAAACUUUUAGAGACGGAAGAAUAUCAAAACAAUAGGAUAUCUACUGCCUGGUUAGACAAACUGAUCUCAGAGAAAGUUCAAGCUGAGAAACCACCAACCAUGCUAGGGGUGAUCUGUGGAGCAUUGCAUAUCGGAGAUCAAACUAUUACAUCUAGCUUCCAGAACUUUCAGGCUUCUUUAGAAAAAGGACAGAUCUUACCAACACAUUCCCUGAACAACAAAGUGGACGUAGAAUUUAACUAUGACUGUAUCAAAUAUUGUUCACAGGUUGUGAAAACAGGAGUUAGUACUUAUUUCAUCAGUAUGAAUAAAUCCUUCAUCGAUAUUGAAGCUCACAGAUUGAGUGAUGGAGGGUUGCUGAUAUCAUUUGAUGGGUCCAGUCACACCACUUAUAUGAAGGAGGAAGUGGAUAGUUACAGGAUAACUAUUGGUAACAGGACUUGUGAUCUACAUAAAGAAAAUGAUCCUACAGUCCUCAGGUCACCAUCAGCAGGAAAGUUACUAAGCUACACUGUAGAUGAUGGUGGACAUGUUUUUGCUGGUGCUACAUAUGCUGAGAUGGAAGUGAUGAAGAUGGUCAUGGAAUUACGGGUGUCAGAGAAUGGCUGUGUACACUUUGUCAAGCGGCCAGGAGCAGUACUAGAUGCAGGUAGUUAUGUAGCAAGGUUAGAUCUUGAUGAUCCCAGUCGUGUACAACAGGCUGAACUGUUUACUGGAUCAUUACCUACAUUACAAAACCCACUGAACCAUGGCGAAAGGUUACAUCAGGUUUUCCAGAGAACACGUACUGAGUUAGAGAACUUAUUAGCAGGAUAUGUACUGCCUGAACCUUUCUUUAGUACCAGGGUGAAGAAAUCAGUAGAAACUUUAAUGAAAUGUCUCAGGGAUCCUUCAUUACCACUACUUGAAAUGCAGGAAUUGAUUUCAAUUAUCUCUGGAAGAGUACCAACACAUGUAGAGAGAGCAAUCAAAAAGUUACUACAGACAUACGCCAGUAAUAUAACAUCAGUACUCAAUCAAUUUCCUAGCCAACAGAUAGCUACUGUGAUAGAUGGCCAUGCUGCUACACUUACAAAGAAAACAGAACGAGAAAACUUCUUCAUGACAACUCAGGGCAUUGUACAGCUAGUGCAAAGAUACAGAAAUGGUAUCCGUGGACACAUGAAGACAGUUGUUCAGGAUUUAUUGAAACAGUAUCUUAGAGUAGAACAACAGUUCCAACAAGGUCAUUACGAUAAAUGUAUCACCAAGUUGAUGGAGAAGAAAACUGAUGACAUGUCUGCUGUAGCUGCUAGUAUUAUAUCUCACCUGGCUGUCAGACCUAAAAAUAAACUGAUAAUCCUACUGAUUGAACAUUUAUUUGGCAAAGAACCAGGCUUGACAGAUGACUUGGCUUCCAUCUUAACAGAACUGACCACCCUUAACAGACAAGACAAUAGCAGUGUAGCACUCAGAGCCAGACAGGUACUGAUAGCAGCACAUCUUCCACCUUAUGAACUGAGACACAAUCAGAUGGAGUCGAUUUUCCUGUCCGCUAUUGACAUGUAUGGUCCAGAAUACAACCCUGAUAACUUACAGAAAAUAAUUUAUGCUGAGACUGCAAUCUAUGAUGUUCUACAGGAUUUUUUCUGGCAUUCUAACUCCCUUGUCAGAAUGGCAGCUUUAGAAGUGUAUAUAAGAAGAGCUUACAUUGCCUAUGAUGUAAAUUGUGUACAGCAUUGUGAAAUAGAUGAGGAUUUAUGUAUAGUUGAGUUUAAGUUUUUACUUCCCCGAUCUCAUCCUAACAGACAUGACAGUUUAUUAUUUGAGGGAUACUUUUAUCCACCAGCUAGAAUGAUGGUAAUGAGGUUUGAUAGUUCCGAUAAGAUGACCGAGAUAAAGGAUGACCCUACUGCGGCCCACAUUGACCAGUUACAUGAUACACCAGUAUGUCAGAGGACAGGAAUCAUGGCAUCAUUUAAUUCUCUAGAGGACUUUGAUAAUAAAUUUGACAAGAUAAUGGAGAGGUUUUCCAUGGAUGGUAGCCCUUCAGACAGUCCUAACUUGUUCACAGAUAUAGGAUCUCCUCCCACAAAAGGAGAAGAUACAAUUUCAAUACAUAGUCUGUCAGAUGUAGAUGAACCUAUUCAUAUCAUUAAUGUGGCUAUCAGAUCAUCAGAGGUCUAUGAAGAUAACGUACUGUCCACCAUGUUUGAGAACUUCUGUAAAUCAAAGAGAGAAAUGAUGAAUGAGAGAGGCAUUAGAAGGAUUACAUUCUUUAUAUCAUCUAAGAAAAAAUUUCCAAAAUAUUUCACUUACAGAGCCAAAUUCAAUUUUUCGGAAGACUCAAUUUACCGUCACUUAGAACCAGCUUUAGCUUUUCAGUUGGAGAUUAACAGAAUGAGAAACUUUGAUUUAGAGGCUAUUCCUGUUUCUAAUCACAAGAUGCAUUUAUAUCUUGGUAAAGCUAAGGUUGCUAAAGGUCAGGAGGUCACAGACUACAGAUUUUUUGUCAGAGCUAUUAUACGACACUCAGAUCUUGUAACCAAGGAAGCCUCCUUUGAGUUUCUACAGAAUGAAGCAGAGAGAACUUUGUUAGAGGCCAUGGAUUCACUGGAAGUGGCAUUCUCUCAUCCUACUUCCAGGAAGACAGAUUGUAAUCAUGUGUUUUUGAACUUUGCUCCAACAUUGACAUUAACAGAGCCAGGAAAGUUAGAGGAGACAGUUAGAAGUAUGGUAAUGAGGUAUGGUGCCAGGCUCUGGAAGAUGAGAGUUUUACAUGCAGAACUUAAAUUUGUCAUCAGACUUUCACCUGGAGCACAGAGACUACCAAUCAGAUUGUUCCUUACAAAUGAAAGUGGAUACUACUUAGAUAUCAGUCUGUACAGGGAAGAAACAGAUUCUAGGACAGGUCAGAUUAUGUUCAAGGCCUAUGGGACCAAACAGGGACCACUACAUGGACUGUUAGUCAGUGCACCAUAUGUUACAAAGGACCAUUUACAACUAAAGAGAUUUCAGGCCCAGCAGUCGGGGACUACAUAUGUAUAUGAUUUCCCAGAAAUGUUCAAACAGGCAUUACUGAAGCAAUGGAAAGAAUAUAUCCAGCUUCAUAAGUUAAAAGAGAGUGAUAUACCAGAGGAUCCUUACUCCUGUACAGAACUGGUGUUAGAUAACAGAGGCAACCUACUGAUGCAAAACAGGCUACCAGGUCAAAAUGAGGUUGGUAUGGUAGCCUGGCAGUUGACAUUGAAGACCCCAUUAUAUCCCAGUGGUAGAACGAUUAUUGUUAUUUGCAAUGAUAUCACAUAUAAGAUUGGAUCAUUUGGACCACAAGAAGAUGUAUUGUUUAAGAGAGCAUCUGAGCAUUCAAGAACACAUGGAUAUCCCAGGAUUUAUAUAUCGGCUAACAGUGGAGCCAGGAUAGGUCUGGCAGAGGAGGUCAAACAUCUAUUUAAAGUAGCAUGGGAGGAUAACUCUGACCCUGAUAAGGGGUUCAAAUAUUUGUAUCUAAGUCCAGAAGAUUUUAAGAAAGUGAGUGCUAUGAACUCAGUCAGGGCUGAGUUAAUACAAGAUGGAGGAGAAUCUAGAUACAAAAUUACAGACAUCAUAGGAAGAGAUGAUGGACUUGGUGUAGAGAAUUUAAAAGGUUCUGGUAUGAUAGCUGGAGAGACAUCUAAAGCCUAUGAUGAAAUUGUUACCAUAAAUCUGGUGACUUGUAGAGCUAUUGGUAUAGGUGCAUAUUUAGUGAGACUAGGACAGAGAACGAUCCAAGUAGAAAAUUCUAACAUCAUCCUGACAGGUGCUAGUGCCCUUAAUAAGGUCUUGGGUAAGGAAGUAUACACCAGUAACAACCAGCUAGGUGGUGUACAGAUCAUGUAUAAUAAUGGAGUGUCACAUGACGUGGUAGCUAACGACUUUGAUGGUGUUGUCCAAAUAUUACAGUACUUGUCUUAUAUGCCAGAGAGACAUGGCAGUCCUUUACCAUUAAUGAGUUUAUCACAUGACCCUGUAGACAGAAAUAUAGAAUUUGUACCUACAAAGACACCCUAUGAUCCUAGGUGGAUGUUAGCAGGAAGGCCUCAUCCAGAUCGGAAGACAGUUUGGCAGUCUGGUUUCUUUGACCAAGGAUCGUUCAGUGAGAUAAUGGCAGGCUGGGCACAAACAGUGGUUGUUGGCAGGGCAAGGUUAGGAGGUAUUCCUAUGGGAGUUGUUGCCGUAGAAACGAGAACUGUGGAAACUUCCACACCGGCAGAUCCAGCCAAUUUAGAUUCAGAACUCAAGAUUUUACAGCAAGCUGGACAGGUGUGGUUCCCAGACUCUGCCUAUAAAACAGCGCAGGCCCUUAAAGAUUUUAACAGAGAGGAAUUACCAAUAAUGAUAUUUGCUAACUGGAGAGGAUUUUCUGGUGGAAUGAAAGACAUGUAUGACCAAGUGUUAAAGUUUGGAUCCUAUAUUGUGGAUGCUUUAGUAGAAUACAAACAGCCAAUCAUGAUUUAUAUUCCACCAAAUGGAGAGUUGAGGGGUGGAGCUUGGGUUGUAGUAGAUCCAUCAAUCAAUCCUACCCACAUGGAAAUGUUUGCUGAUCAAUUGUCAAGGGGUGGUGUUCUUGAACCAGAAGGCACAGUUGAAAUCAAAUUCCGAGAGAAAGACUUGAUAACAACAAUGAAACGUAUAGAUCCUGUAACAAGGAAAAUUGUAGAGAAUUUAAACAGUCCUGAAUUAUCAGAGGAAGAAAUAAAAACUUUGGAAGAUAAGAUGAAAAAGAGAAAGGAUUUAUUAUUACCAAUGUACCACCAGGUGGCAGUAGUGUUUGCUGACCUCCAUGACACACCAGGUCGUAUGGAUGAGAAAGGAGUUAUUAGUGAUGUUUUAGAAUGGUCCAGAAGUAGAGAGUUUUUCUAUUGGCAUGUUAGACGAAGAUUACUAGAGAAUGAAGUUAAGAACAGGAUUCGUCAAAUCACAGACAGUCAGAGUGAAGGACAAUUAAAGUCUAUGAUAGGCCGGUGGUUUGUGGAGGACCAGGGAGCUAUUAAUGCUUAUAAAUGGGAGGACGACAAAUCUGCUGUAGAAUGGUUAUUAGAACAAAAGAAAGAUGGAGCUGACAAUUCAAUAGAUGACAACAUCAGAUGUUUACACAGGGAACAUGUGUUACAAAAAGUUAGAAGCUUGUUACAAGAUUAUCCAGAGGUUGCCAUGGACUCAAUUGUACAUAUAACUCAACACAUGACAGCAAGCCAACGAACAGAAGUGUCCAGAAUUCUAGCCAGCAUGGAUUCUUGACCAGGGAGAAAAACUUAGACACUUAAUUCUAUGAUUUACAUUUAUUAAUUAGAAAAAAGAAUUAAUUAUGUUGCCAGUACUUAAUUAGAACAUUCUUAGCAGUAAGCUGUGUUAUCAGUGAUAUUGCUUGUCUGCUAUAAAUGAUUAAAUCAGAUGAUGCAUUUUACAUGGAAUCUUAUAGUGCUACUGACUAACAUUGUGUCAAUUAAUGUUGUACAGAUCAGAUAUUUAUAUUAUAGUAUAAGCAUGCAAUGUGUUAAAUAUGGGCAUUUAAAUUCAGAAAAUAAUUUUCAAACACUUUCAAUAAACAUGUUUAGAACAUUGUGAAUAAUAGAUUGACCUUGUCAUACCUCUUUUGUGAUUUUGAAAUUAUAUUUUAUAUCAUUAUUGUGAUAAAAGCCACCAUGACCAAUCAACUAUUUUUUAUAUUUGUAUGUUUUGUUAUUGUUUUUGUACUAAAGUAAUUAUGUGUAAAUAUUUGUUUUUGUUUUUGUGUUGAUUUUCACUACUGUCACUUUUGUUUUGAAUAAAUUCAAUUUUAUUGGAUAGAAAACAUCAAGCUUAUUUGUGUCUUUGGGUAGCUAUUUUAUUAUUAACCCACCAUCUCCUUUUAUUCAUAAGAAUUAAGAUCCUUAAAUAAAUCAGGAUAAAACAGUACUAUUCAAAUCAGUUGUAGUAAACAGUUAAUUAAGAUAUGAAGGUAUUUCUGUGUAUUGUUUAUUUAAAUGUAGAAAUAUGAAUGGAAGUGCAUAAAGUGUGGCAGCACUUUAGUUUAUGAUUCUACUUACGUCCACAUUUUCAAAUGCUGAGAAAACUACAAAAAAUGAAUUUAAUUCUAGUACUUACAUCAAUCUCAUUCCAAAGUCAAAGUAGAAGCAUAAAUCCAAUACAGAACAACACAUAAUUCAUGUGUGUCAACAGAUUUAUGUUUAGGUUUUACAGGUUCUAUGUACAGGAUUGUUUAUAUACAUAUGACAUCAUGAAGGGGCAUACAUGUAUGCCGCCAUGAUUCAUACAGAUAUCAACAAAACAUUUUUAGUCCCCUACCAAAGAAGUCGAAGGGGACUUUGGGUUUAAUUCCUGUUCGUCUGUCCAUCCGUCAGUCUGGCAAAUCAGUUUUCCACACUUUUUUUCUUCGUUCUCGAAGAUAUUGUUUGAUAUUUGGUAUAUAGUUUUGCCAUCACAAGUUAUAGAUCAAGUUCGAAUUUUGUUCUGGUCUGAUGAUUUAGUACAGAGUUAUGGACCAUAACUCUGGACCAUAUCUAAUGUUAGAGUACUAUGUUAAACCAUAUUUCUGUACAAAGGGAGAUAACUCAUUUUUUAAAAGACAUUCUUUGGUAAAUUAUUUGAAGAAUUUUUUUUUUGGCAGGUUUGUUUGUUCUUUUGUAUAAACUAAUUUUAUGAAUGCUAUAUAUAUAUAUAUAUAAAAAUAUGAAGUGAAAUCCUUUAAUUAGAUAAUAAUCUAUUUUUGUUAAUGUAUGUAUUACAUUACAUUGUGUAUAUAAAAAUUGUUGACAUUUUAUAGAUAACUUACAAAUCUAUAUUACUUUGUGACAAAUAAAAGAAAAAAUAUUUGGAACUAUUAAUUAUAUUUGAUUAUAAUUUGAAAAUAGAUAUACACUGUAUUACAUCAUAUCUAAUUUUAGAGAACUAUUAAUCAUAUCUAAUGUUAAAGUGUUUUCCACACUUUUUUUCAUCAUGCUUGAAGAUAUUGUUUGAUAAUUGGUAUAUAGUUUUAUCAUGACAAGUUAUACAGAUCAAGUUCAAAAUUUUGUUUCGGUCUGAUAAUUUUGUGCAGAGUUAUGGUCCUUGGACUUGAAAAAUUCACUCAUUUAAUCAGUUUUCCUCACUGUUUUUAGUCAUGCUUGAAGAUAUUGACUUGAUAUUUUCUUUUUGUUUACACCAUGACAAGUUAUAGAACAAGUUAGCUUUUUGUUCCAGUAUAAUGAAUUUUUACCUGGUAGGGGACUAUUUAUUGCCAUGCAAUACUCUCAGAAUGCUUGUUAAAUCAUGUGAUGGCAUCUUAAAUUCAGUGAAAGCUAUAUUGUAAUUAUUGCACAUUAUAUGAUCUGUAGUAAUAUAUGACACUGUAUCCAAUCUUAGGACAUUUGUAUGAUUUCUGCUCUUUGUUGAUCUUUUGUUUUAUUAUUGUUAUUUGAAUUGUCUCUUUGUUUAUUUUUUCACAUGUUCAAAUAUUAAGUGCUAAGUUUACCAAGCAGAUAAUGUCAUCAAUAUUUACAUGUUUUAUAAAUCUAUAAAUUUAUAUUUCUAUUUAUGUCUUAUUUAUUAUUAAUGUCUAAGUAUUUAUCUCGAUUCUUGUUGAUUUUUAGGCAGCAGCUAAUUAUUAAUUUUAUUAUUAUUAAUAUUCAAAAGAUGUUAUAGUUUCUGUUAUGGGACCUGUGUACUAAAGGUGUCUUCGAUAGGUGACUGUCUCUUUGACACUUUAUCUCAUUUUUUUUUUAUAGAAGAUAUUAAGUAUCUUUUAUCAUGAAGUUGAAAUUAAGUAUUAAAAGAAGGUUAGCUUUCAAAAAGCAUUUUUCUGUCCUUAUGGACUAAUUAAUCGAUUAUUAAUAUAGAACUAUUCUUAUGCAGUCUGAACAUAAUAUAUAAUGUCAUUUGAUUGGAAGAUGUGUGCUGCCAAUUCUCAACUGAUGGUUGGGGUCAUUGCCAACAAUGCUAUGCAAUCAUCACAGUCUACAUUUCUGUUUAAUAAUUUAUUUUGCACAUAUACUUGUAUUGCAUUUGAAUUGGAAUAACAGUACUGGAAUUGAAAAGUUCCUACCAUCAAAUCCCCAAUUCAUGUUGAUAAAACUGUAUUUUGAUUCAGGAGUCCCUUCAUUUUCCUAGUUAAGACUUUUUUGAGAAUCAAACAUUAAUACACAUGGGAGAUUAGUAGUUUUUUUGUAAAAUCAGUGUUUGAGAAACAAUACUAAAAUCUUUGAUAUCUUACAGAUAUUGUCGGGCAAGUAUUAAAUGUGAAAAGUUAAUGGUAGGGGUACUAUUACAGUAAUAUUGGCUGUUCUAUAUUGACUGGUAGAAAUGUUCACAAAUAAACAGACUAUACAAUCAUGCUAAA